GUCGUUAAAUCUGAAAUGAAGUGCAUCCGAUUCUCAUUGCUGUUCAUUGGCCUGCUGGCGGCUCCGGCUGCCUGGGCUCGAGUUCCCUAUCCGGAGGUGGAGCUUCCUCCAGUGGUCGAGGAUGAUGGGAUCUUCGAACGGAUUGCUGUGGCACCUCCUCAGCCCGUGGGUCGUGCAGGAGCCUGCAGUGUAACCAUUCGCGGAGGAUUGCCAAGUCCCCAGCCAGUGUACCUGAAAACCGACUCCGAGGACUUCUAUCCCUUCUCCGACGUCGGUGUGAUGGAAUUCGAGUCCGGCGGCUCAUUGCAGCUGUGGUGUCCCUCAGGAUUCAACACUCAUUCCGAGAAUCUGAUUACGGCCAAUUGUGUGAGUGGAACCACCUUCAGCGUGGGUGGAUCUCACUUCGAGUUCAAGGACCUGUACUGCAAAUCCUGGCCAGGAUUCAAGGCUGUUAAGUCGGGAGCAACCUGCAACGGUGGCAUUGUGAUCCGGGUAGGUUUCGAGAUCACGUCAUCGAGGUUUGCCGAGCAGAUGCAGAUUUGCUUCAACGAAGAGGAGGAGGUGACCCGAUACACUCGUCACAAGUUGGAGCCCGGAAGCAACUACUACGAGACCGGAGUGGCUAGGAUUACCUUCCAAACUGCUGGUUACUUCAAUGGAAAGAAUGUGGACAAACUGUACACCCAAGCCACCCAGCUGGAGACCAUCAACAAUGAACUGGGCGGAGAUGCCGACAAGUAUUUCGACAGUGGCAGCAAUGUUUACCUGGCCCGUGGUCACCUGGGUGCCAAGGCUGACUUCGACUACGCUCCCGAGCAGAGGGCCACGUUCCUGUUCAUCAAUGCUGCUCCUCAGUGGCAGACCUUCAAUGCCGGAAACUGGGCUCGUGUGGAGGACGGUCUGAGGGCUUGGGUCUCCAAGAACAAGUUGAACGUGAACUGCUACACCGGUGUCUACGGCGUGACCACUCUGCCAAACAACCAGGGUGUGGAGACCCCGCUCUAUCUGGCCAAGGAUGGCAACAACAAUGGCCUGAUCCCGGUGCCAAAGCUCUACUUCCGCGUCGUUAUCGACCCCUCCUCCCACAGGGGCAUUGUGUUCGUGGGCGUCAACAAUCCCCAUCUCACCGAGGAGCAGAUCAAGCGCGACUAUGUCAUCUGCACUGAUGUCAGCGACCAGGUGACCUAUAUCAACUGGAAGACCACUGACAUCAAGGCCGGUUGGUCCUAUGCUUGCGAGGUGGCCGACUUCCUGAAAACCGUAAAGCACCUGCCCGCUUUGACCGCCAAGGGAGGUCUCCUUGUUUAAGUGGUCUUCAAAUAAAUUCCACAACUUUUCAGAAUUUUA